CACGGCAGUGGCGUUCUCGCCGGACGGCAAGACGCUCGCGUCGGCUUUGGGCGAUACGACGGUCCGGCUCUGGGAGGCGGCGACUGGCGCGCCCCGGGCGACGCUCGAGGGGCAUGGCGAUUGGGUCACGGCAGUGGCGUUCUCGCCGGACGGCAGGACGCUCGCGUCGGCUUCAAACGAUACGACGGUCCGGCUCUGGGAGGUGGCGACUGGCGCGCACCGCCAGACGCUCGAGGGGCAUGGCGAUCAGGUCACGGCAGUGGCGUUUUCCAGGAAUGGUCAAUGUCUUGAGACAAACCGGGGGUUGCUGAGCAUAACUGGAAAUUCCGACGCUUCAAGCAGCUCUGGAGGCCAGAAACCCGCUAGCAGUUUUCUCUUUGUCGGCGAUGAUUGGGUUACAAGAAACGGCAAGAGGGUUCUUUGGCUUCCCACCGACUAUCGGGCAAAAUGUGUGGCGGUUUGCGGCCAGACACUCAUCCUAGGACAUGCCUCUGGCCAAGUGACGUUCUUUCGGUUUGCUUUUGUGGAGUGAUGGGUUUCUAUAAUCGUUGAAUGUUCUAUAUAUCUGUAUCUCUGCUAAGCGAAGGGCCUGGGAGCUACAUC